AUGUAGACGCGCAGAGUGGCACAUCUCCAAUGCGCAGUGUGCGUCUCCUGUCCUGGCUCUUCACAUUUUGCUGUCGUGUGUGAAAAAAAAAAAGAAAAAAAAGAGGCUGCUGGUGCUUCACGCAGAGGAGACAAACUGCGGAUAUCCAGAGAGAGAGAGAGAGAGAGAGAGAGAGAGAGAGAGAGAGAGAGAGAGAGAGAGAACACCAACUAUCAGCGUGAUCCACCGCGUUCAGUCGCCCCAUCCUCGAGGAGAAGCGCGGUUGUUUUAUUCCAGAGGCUGGUUUCUCUUAUUCCUCUCUUUCUUUCUUUUCUUUUCUUUCUUCCUUCCUUUCUCUCUUUCUUUGGUCUCCCCCCCACCGAGACGUUGGCGAGCUGCAGGGACGAGCAUGACGGCUUGACGAUGGUGCAAAGCUGGCUGACGGCAGGAUGAUGCGUUUCUUGCCUUUUUUCGACUCUUUCCAGAUAAACUCCGGCGCGUCACCCGAUGCGCGUCGACAUGAGAUGAUCGCCGCUUCCCCUGUGUGAUCUGCGGUGAACCUCCGGAGCCUGGUCCGCUCCGCUCUCCUCUCCCCUCGCAUCCGCCGCAGCAGCGCAGCGCUAAUUGGAGCGAAGCCUCUUUAAUUGACGGGACUCUGCCCUCGACUCGCACCGUGUACCGGCUCACCGCAGGCUGAGACCUGAAGACUCUGCCCCCACACACCUCUGUGGAUGUUAUUGUCCUCCUCCGGUGCUGCCGUACCUGUCCGACCCUUCAGUGACAAUGCCGUUGAACGCGCUGCCCCGCGGCGGCAGCAGCGGCAUCGGCGGCGGCGGCCCGGGGUCCCUGAGCCCCGCGUCGCUGUCCCGCAGCCUGUCCCGCCUCAGGGAGUUCCGGACCCGGACGAGGAUCAUGCUGGCUCUGGGAGUCUCUCAGAUGGUCCUCGGGAGUCUGAUCCUGGCCGUCAGCUUCGCGGCUCUGGCGCUCACGACAUCGCCCAGAGUCCGGCACUCGUGUCCCUUCUGGGCCGGUUUCUCUGUGCUGCUCUCCGGACUGAUCGGAGUGGUGUCGUGGAAGAGGCCGCUCUCUCUGGUGAUCACAUUCUUCAUGCUCCUGUCUGCGGUGUGUGUGAUGCUCAACCUGGCGGGCUCCAUCCUCUCCUGCCAGAACGCUCAGCUAGUCAACUCCCUGGAAGACUGUCAGCUGUGUGGAUGUGUGUUCCCCCCUCCUCCCCCCCAGCUCAAGUUUGACAGCGAUGGAGUGUGUGUGUGCUGUGAGCUCCAACAGCAGAGUUCGAGCUGCAACAACCUGGGAGAGACGCUGAAACUGAAUCCACUGAGGGACUGCAACACCAUACGCCUCCGUCUCAAGGAGUUGCUGUUCAGCGUUUGUGCCCUUAACGUCAUCUCCACCAUUGUGUGUGCCCUGGCCACCGCCAUGUGCUGCAUGCAGAUGGUCUCGACUGAUGUGCUGCAGAUGUUUAUGCCGCACAGAGCACGAGCCCUAAAUGCUGACUGUAUGACCCCCCACGGAACCAUCCUCCACCAGACUCUGGACUUUGAUGAGUUUAUUCCUCCCAUCCCCCCGCCACCGUACUACCCCCCGGAGUACACCUGCACCCCCUCCAUGGAUGGACAGAGAGGCCUGCAUCUGGACUUCCCCCAUUCUCCAUUCAGUGCCAUCUAUGGGGUUCCCAUCAACAGCCCCGGGACUCUGUACCCAACCGACCUGCCUCCUCCGUAUGAGUCUGUGGUGGGUCAGACUCCUGCCAGUCAGGUCACCACCAGCAUAGAGCAACAGGCCACCGAAUCCAGUCUGUGCGAGAGAAACACCACUGCAGGCUUCAGCACUCAGGCCUCAGUGGACAGUGCGUCUCUGAUGGUGUCCGAGGUGGCUGAUCAGGACCAGACUUGCUCCUCAGAGGACUUGUGCUCCCUGGAGGUCCAGGGCUCUGACUCCUCUCCCUAUGGCACGCCCCACACAGCCCCCAUCGAUGGAAGCUGCACCAGCCUGGAGCUUUGUACACGCCGGCGCGGCCUGUCCAACACUGACGCUCGGCCCAGCGAUACAGGAUACAGCGAGUCCUCACACACCCAGGAGUCUCUGGAACGCUCUCCGGACUGGUCCUCAGAAAACUAUAGCAAUCUGGACCAGGAGGACUCCACGGACAACACGCAUCCAUGUGAGGAACUCAGGGCUUCAAUGCACAUAUGUGACGAGCUCGCGUCAGCCAAACAUUUACCAGAGGAGCCGCCUAAAGCAUCAACACACUCCCUCAUCAAAGCGCGAAUGAUGAGCCGGAAGCUCACUCUCCCCGUCACUCUCCCCCCGCCGCCUCAGCCUUGCUCCCCCACCUCUGUGGCCUCCUCUGGUGGAACUUCAGCCAUCAGCCCUUUGGCUCCUUCUCCUUCCCCUUCCCCUCCCAGCAGGCCACGCGGCCCAAGGCUGUGCUUCAGCGUUUGGUCACCCUCCUCCACGUCACAUCCCACCUCUACCUCAGCCCCGAGUGGCUGCUCGCCCUCAGAGAGGCCACGAGGGCUCCGAGCAGCCAGGAGGUACCGCAAACUGGCACGCAUCGUCCGCUCCACCAGUGACCCCAUCUCCUGCUCCUCUACGACAGGAAGAGAACAUUUAAGCUGCGCCUCUGCAAACAACACUGCUGCUGCAGACUCGACUCAUACGUCACCAGAGCAAGAGCCGACAGACGUGGUUGGAGCGAAGCCCAGUCACGCAUCUGUCAGGAAGCAGCAGAAGGAGGGCAGAAAAGUUGACAUCCACCUGAAACCCCGAGCCCUGCACACACACUCCAACGAACGCCCGCACUCCCUGGCUGACCUCAAGAUGUACAAAGACACCAAAAUACUGGUGGCAAAAUUCCUGGAGCAUUCGAGCUGCAGUCUACCUCCUGAAGUCCAGCAGGUCGUCAACAACAUCAAGUGCGUCAUCAAGUCGGAUGAGAAACACAUGGAGGAGGCCAUUUUUAGUGCCAAUGUCAUAGAUCAGAUGAUGACCCAGCGCAUCAUUGGCAGUCCCAGGAAGCGUAGCCAUGAGGAUCUCCACCUUCAGAGCUGUGGCGCGCUGAGUUCGUCUCCUUCCAUGCGCCGUCCAAAACACCUCCCACAAACAACCAGCGCCUCCACCAACCCACUGGACUCCCCUUCCUCUGAACAAAGCCUUGAGUGCAAAGAAACUAUUCUCUGACCACUCUCCCAACAAAGACUUGGAUCAGAACUCUGAGGGCAUUUCAGGCUGCGGGUGUUGCAGCCACUCUGUGCUGUGCAGCAGAUGUCUGUAGAGUCAUUAAUCCAGCGUUGAAAGAUGAUUUAUUUUCACAGUGUGACUGCAGCAAAGGCAAACUGAAAUGGUCUGUAUCUCCUAGUGCCCUGUGAGACCGUGCCAAGUCAUCAGCAGAAAUGGUAGCAAACUCAGACUGAGCCUGCCAGUGUCUGUAGUGGCUUCUUUCUCAUCCGAAAAACAAAAGAAUGUUUCUCCCUCAGGGGAUCUUUUCUACUGAGUUUCAUCUCUGAAAAAAAAAAAAAAAAUACUCUGCUUGGAAAGUUUGGAUCUGUGGCUGAAAGACAAAGGAGAUUGUGUUAUCGGUAUUCCUCUUGUCCGCAUAAGAAGCAAGAAGAAAUAUGUUUGUAUUAAACUGUGAACUGAACCGGUUGGGCAUUACCGGCCGUUGUUUGCAGACUUUGUGGAACUGUAACUGAUGGGGGUGGUGAAUAUUUUGUGGUGCCGCUGGUUCAAGAACAUUGCAGAUGUGGAUUAUUUAACUUACCUCAUUGUGUUACAAUUCUUAUCAGUGUUACAAUAAAAUAUGAGUUUGUAUCUUC